UUUGGUGGUCUUGUUCAGGCUCCACCUUGUCAAAACUUUUAGCCAUCUUUAGUUUUUUCGCUAUCUCUUUCUUUCUUUCUUUCUUCAAUAACCUAUCUAUAUACUCAAGUAACUGCUCUCUCCUCCCACUUUCAAUCAUGGCUGAUCCAUAUUCCAAUUACUUCAAUGGAUGGUACAAUUUCAACCACCUCCACCAUUUAUCUGCCUCAGCACCUUCUUCCAUUUCAUCACUAUAUGCAUCCCAUGGAUGCAAUAUGUACUCAGAUAAUAAUAUUAUCUAUGACAAGUCCUUUAUUCAGAGUCAUUCCUCGUCACCUCCUUCUCCUCCUCUCAGAGAAGUUCUUCCACUUCUUAGUUUAAGUCCAACAAGGCAUCACGAAGAUCAACGGGAGUACUCCUCGUGUAGUGCCAUGGAAGUGGACAAGAACAAGGACAGAGAAGAAAGCCUAUAUGAUGAUAAAACUGUGACUGUGGCGCUACAUUUAGGGCUACCUAGACUUGAUUCUGCUGAUUUGGUGUCUUCCACAGAGAUCUCAUCAGACAACGAAGAAGUAAGUGCUGUUGCUUCUGGCUAUCAAACAUGCAGUCGUACUCUUAACAAGGGUCAGUAUUGGAUUCCUACCCCUUCUCAGAUUCUGAUUGGUCCUACACAGUUUUCAUGCCCACUUUGCUUCAAGACCUUCAACCGAUACAACAACAUGCAGAUGCAUAUGUGGGGGCACGGAUCUCAGUAUAGGAAAGGGCCAGAUUCUCUAAGAGGUACGCAGCCAACAGCAAUGCUUAGGCUCCCUUGCUACUGCUGUGCAACAGGAUGCAUAAACAACAUUGAUCAUCCAAGAGCGAAGCCUCUCAGAGAUUUUAGAACCCUUCAAACUCAUUACAAGAGAAAGCAUGGAAUCAAGCCUUUCAUGUGCAGAAAAUGUGGCAAGGCAUUUGCCGUGAAAGGUGAUUGGAGAACCCACGAGAAGAAUUGUGGCAAGCUUUGGUAUUGUACUUGUGGAUCCGAUUUCAAGCACAAAAGAUCCCUCAAUGAUCACAUUAAGUCAUUUGGAUAUGGCCAUUCGGCAAAUGACAUUGAUUUCUUUGAAGAAGAUGUUGAAUAUAUUAGAAAAUAA